UGGAGCUUCUAAAAAGCCUUUCACUCGUCUCUUUAAAGCCAAACACAGCCACCCCCUAUACCCUCCUACUCUUCUCUUAUAUUUAUGGAUCAUCGAUAACUGUGCUUUAUUAGCUUUUUAGCUGUUUGAUUUUGUGUCCAGUUUCUACUGCUGGCUGCUGCCUGCUUCUUCUCUGCAGCCCUACAUUUAACCCCUCUUUCUUUCUACCUUAGCUUUGCUAUAAAACAUCAUGGAAAUGAGCGCUCGCUGUUUGUGUUCUUCAUUUUUUCAUGAAUAGCAAACACAUCAAUUCCGUUUUUGGACUUUUCCACGUUCAAAUCUAAUUGGGUUUCUCAAGAUUUAUGCAAAUUGAAGUGAAUCCCAUUUGGGUUUUUCUGAUUUCCUCCACUUCAAUUUCGUUUUCAUUAUACCAUCAUCAUCACAUGUUCUGUGUUGUUUCCGACUUUCAGGUCUUUUGAUCCCAAAUUGGUGAAAAUCUAUUAAGAUUUCCAAAUGAGUUCCUUCGUUUCUCUAUUUACGCAAUUCAAAACCUGAAACACCCACUAAUCUCACACUUGAGAGAGAAUUGAGCAUCGAUUCCUCGAUAAAGUUAUCAACAUCUUUUUGUCUGCGUAAAACAGACAAGUUAAGUGAUGGAUUCGAAUGUUAGAAGUGAUGGGUGGUAUUUUGUAUUUGUGAUGUUGAUAAUGGUUGGUUUGAUUGGAAAGAGCAUUCAUGGACAAAUAGAUGGAGCUCCAAUGUCGAAAACAGAGCAAGAAGGCUUAUAUUAUGCUAUUCAGGGGUUUGUGGGAAAAUGGUGGAAUGGCUCAGAUCUCUAUCCUGAUCCUUGUGGUUGGACUCCCAUUCAGGGUGUUACAUGUGAUGUUUUUGAUGGAUUCUGGUAUGUGACCGACCUUAGGAUUGGUCAAAUCCAUGAUAACUCUCUUCCCUGUCAUCCAAAUCUUGAAUUUAGACCCCAUUUGUUUCAACUCAAACACCUGAAAUCACUCUCAUUCUUCAACUGCAUCAUCUCACCUAGCCAUGGUCCGGUUACGAUUCAGUCGGCUAACUGGGAUGCACUUUCUAGCACCAUUGAGUCCGUGGAAUUCCGGGCAAAUCCAGGGCUGACCGGCCAAAUCCCCACCAGCUUCGGUAACCUCAAGAGGCUACAAUCGCUUGUAUUAAUUGAGAACGGAUUUUCAGGCGGUUUGCCGGGUAGUAUUGGUGAUUUGACUCACUUGAAGAGGUUGGUUUUAUCUGAUAAUUUGUUAACAGGAAAAAUCCCAGAUAGUUAUGGCUAUUUGAGUGAAUUAUUGAUCAUGGAUUUGAGUAGAAACUCAUUAUCUGGGACUUUACCGUUGACUUUUGGAGGGUUGACUUCUCUCUUGAAGUUUGACUUGAGUAGGAACCAAUUAGAAGGGGAAAUCCCAAGUGAGAUUAGUUAUAUGAAGAAUCUUACUCUUUUGGAUCUCAGCAACAACAAGAUUUCUGGUGAAUUGACUUUUCCAAUUCAAGAAAUGGGUUCUUUAGAAGAGUUGAUUUUGUCAAGUAACCCCAUAAGUGGUGAUCUUAUGAACUUGAAUUGGGAAAACCUUCAUGGGUUAAUGGUUUUGGAUCUUUCGAACAUGCGGUUGACCGGUGGCAUCCCGGAGGUGAUUUCCAGCCUCGAAAACCUGCGCUUUUUAGGUCUAAAUGACAACAAUCUCACCGGGAAUCUCUCACCGAAACUAGCAGAGUUGGCCGAUCUGAAUGCACUUUAUGUUAACGGAAAUAACCUCACCGGAGACCUCAAGUUCCCGAGAGAGUUCUAUGGUAAAAUGGGCAGGCGAUUCGGGGCUUGGAAUAACUCAAACUUGUGUUUCUCGGUUGCUACGAUGCCGGCCAACAUUCGGCCGUUUGGUGUAAAGGUAUGUAGUGAGGUACCAUCGUGAUUAAUCCCGUUCCAAGUCGGAAAUCAAAUCACGUGUUUUGUCUUAUGAAACAAAUAUUCGAUCUAACCCUUGUGUAAGCAAAGUUAUCCGUCUUUUGACUGGAAACAAAUCGACGAUUGUUCAAAUGC